AUGGAGCCCGUGACCCUCCCGAACGAUGCUACCUUCGAGCGUUUCAAGGCAGAGUGCGAGUCCCAGCAGGGUUGGCUGAGCUGGUACGAGGGCUCUGGCAUGUCCAUCUGGGAGCAGGUGGUUCCCCAUGCGGACCUGGCGGUGUACCACAUCAAGGGCAUCAGUCACAUGGCAGGGGUCAAGGCAGAGACAGCAUAUGAUGUCCUCCAUGACACUGAGUACCGCGGCAUGUGGGACAUAAACCUUGUUGAGACGCAUGAGAUCGCCCGUCUCACAGAGAAUGCUGAUGUUAGCUACUAUGCAUGGAAGUGCCCAAAGCCGUUAAGGAACAGAGAUGUGGUGACUCUGAGGUCAUGGAGAGUCCUGGAUAAGGCUUAUAUUAUCCUCAACUUCUCUGUUAAACAUCCGAAUUACCCUCCACGCCAGGGCACGGUGCGGGCUGCCUCGCAUUUGGCUGGAUACCUGGUGCAACCAACUAGACACGACAGUUGCAUGUUGACUUACCUGGUACAGCUUGACCCUAAAGGAUUUCUGCCCAAGUGGAUUGUGAACAAAGCUGCUCAAUUCCUGGCACCAAAGUUGAUGAGGAGGCUGUAUAAAGCCUGCUUGAGAUACCCCUCCUGGAAGCAGGAGAACAACAUGCAUUUGAAGCCUUGGCUGCACCCCGAGCAGAACCAGCUCCCCACCAUGUUGCUGUCUGAGUUGGCUCUUCAGCAUGCCUCCUCCCUGGAGAACAUUGAUGAGAGCAGCGUUGCAGAAUCCAAGGAUCAGCAGGGAGAAGCCAGCGAGUCCGACUGACUCUAUUCACUUUGUGCUUUUUCUCAGUUUAGGGACAUUCUCUAGUCUGUCACUGUGCCUUUCUGAGAAAUGAGAAACGAUUUCUGUUUAUUUCACUUGGUGGGGGUUAUUCUCUCUCAAGCACCUGUUGCAAGCUUGUGGUCAGAGGGGCAACUCUCUGUCAAGACCAUCUUCCUGUGUUCUUAGCUGUUCUCCCCAAGGAGGGGAGAAGGCUUGUAACUGUAGAGCUGCAGUAUUUAAUCAGUUAAUUUGUUUGUUUUCAGAAGACCUUUUGAACCAGGGAAAGGCUGCAUAUUGUGCUUA